AUGCAUGAAUGUAAAUGCUCAAAGAAGCAUGUCAAAUUCGGUUUUGUUCCAGGUGUGUCUGAUGUUUAUUCAGAUGAAACACUGAUAUCAGUGAUGGAGGGAGAUUCUGUCAUGUUAAACACUGAUGUUACUGAAAUACAGAGAAAUGAUCUACUGUGGAUGUUUAGAUUUAACAGUUCAGAGACUCGUAUCGCUAAAAUCUAUAAACAGAUUGUCUCUGUGCAUGAUAAUAAAGAGAAUAAUGAGAGAUUCAGAGGCAGACUAAAGAUAGAUGAGCAGACAGGAUCUCUGACCAUCACCAACAUCAACAAAUUACACUCUGGACUUUAUAAACUACAGAUCAUCAGUGGAGAUGUCAAACACAAGAGCUUCAGUGUCGCUGUCUAUGCUCUUCUUACUGUUCCAGUCAUCAGUGAUUUUCCUCAAAGCCCUUCAGUAUCAGAAAGAUCAUCAAUGUCCAGAUGUUCACUGCUGUGUUCAGCUGUGAAUGUGAGUGCUGUGUCUCUCUCCUGGUACAAAGGAAACAGUUUAUUGUCCAGCAUCAGUGUGCCUGAUCUCUCUCUACCUCUGGAGCUUGAGUGUCUGGAUGAUUCCUACAGUUGUGUUGUUGCUUAUUCAUUCAUCAACCGAACCACACACCUCAACAACACUGAUCUCUGUCAGACAUGUUCAGAUGAGAAAAGUCUGUCAGAAUACACACAGAUCAUCUACCGUCUGCAGAUCACUGAUCAUCACCCAGAAUACACCACAACUCUUCAGGACUGA